CUCAUCACGAUGGCUAGCGACGACGAGGUUCCAGAACUUGUCGACGUCGACGAGGUCCCGGAACUCGUGGACGCUGGGGAAGCGGCGGCGCAGCCGAGGGAGCGGGCCCGCACCCCCAUCGCCGUGCGCAAGAUGGAGCGCGACAAGGUCCCCAUUACGCUGUUGACGGGGUAUCUCGGUGCAGGGAAGAGCACACUUUUGGACUACAUCUUGACUGAGAACCACGGGUAUCGGAUCGCGGUGUGCAUGAACGACUAUGGUGAUACAACGGACAUCGAGGCCAAGGCCCUACAGUUCUCCAAUGAUGACGGCACCGACCCCACAGCUCAGAUGCUUGCCCUUCCCAACGGCUGCCUCUGUUGCAGCGUGAAGGAUCUCGGCAUCGCGGCCAUUGAGGACAUGGUGGCUGCCCAACGAGAGAAAAUUGACUGGGUUGUGGUUGAACUGACGGGGCUCGCAGACCCUGCGCCAAUCGCCAAGUCCUUUUGGGCUAACGAAGAGAUGGGCGAACUAGAGCUGGACAGUGUCGUCUGCGUCGUGGACUCCAGAAACGUGCUCAAUCAAAUCGAUGAGACGCGAGAAGAUGGGAGUCCGAAUGAGUGCCAGCGUCAGAUUGCGUGCGCCGACGUGAUCCUCCUCAACAAGACUGACCUGGUCACGCCCGAGGUUCUCGACGAAGUGGCAUCGGCAGUCGCAGCAAUCAAUCCGACGUUACGGGUGUACAGGACAGACCACUCCCAGAUUGGCCUGGAAAAGCUGUUCAACAUACAAGCGUACGCUGUCCCUCCUCCCACCUCAGCAGCGGACGGAUGCGCCGAGUGUGCCCACAGUGAUGUGAACCACGCCCAUACUCACGGGCAUCACGCGCAUGGAAUCACAACUACCACCAUUCCUCUUCCUCACCUCACUGCCCAGCAAUUCGCGGAGCUCCACGAUUUCCUCGAAGAAUUCAUCUGGGCUGGCAAGCUCCUUGUCGACGGAGCAGACGUUGUGUGGGACGGAGAGCGGCCUGAAAUUCUCCGCACGAAGGGAUACUUGGUCAUCGAUGGGGUCGAAAAGGUUGUGCAAGGCGUUGCCGACCUGUUCGAAAUUCGCCCAGCGCUUGGGAGUGGCAACGCUGAGCCCAAACUUGUUUUUAUUGGCCGCAGGGUAGACACGCGCUUGGGUGAAGUUGUGCGUGCCCGCUUGGGGCUAUAGAUGUACACUUUCAAGGACGUCUGAAUGGGUGAACUCGUCGACUUGGUCUUCUGAUGUGUUGUGCUCGCAGACCCGACGGAUGAUCGACAAGCUCGGUGUAUCAUAUAGCCUCUCGCACCCGUGUCGUGCCGGCUUCGGCUUCCGUGCACGGGCCACACGCCGAGCUUAGGCCAUCGUUGCCGCGUGCAAGAUUUAUACCAGAUGAGUGACAUGAUCGUAUAUGCAACACACCCAUGUCCGUCCG